UACAGCGGUGAUGGCUCAACCGGUGCCGGCUGGCCUGCUCAGAGUGCCUGGGCCAGCUUCGACAACUUGUGGAAUGCCAACCUCAACGCCAUCAACGGCGCGUGCCAGAACAACGGCUGGGGCGUUGCAAACAACUCUCCUACUGAGACUUCGCAAAUCCAGGCCGCUAUCCUCAGCAUCUCAGCCUCAACCGGUGUCGAUUCGCGCUAUGUCUUGGCAACAAUCAUGCAGGAGAGCAAGGGAUGUGUGCGUGUUCCCACUACUCAAGGAUUCUGGGCCAACCCUGGUUUGAUGCAGGACGCCAACGGCACACACACCUGCUGGAUCAGCCCGGGUAACGGCAUCAACCCCUGCCCCCAAAGCCAAAUCCAAGGCAUGAUCCAGGAUGGCACUGGAGGCACUGCAUCUGGCUCUGGUCUGCAGCAGCUUCUGGCCAGUCUGGGGACCACUGGAGCCCAGCAAGUCUACCAGGCUGCUCGUCUUUAUAACUCAGGCAGCAUCCCCUCCAACGGAGACUUGAGCGGACCUGGUGCUACUCCCUCGUACUCCUCGGACAUUGCCAACCGUCUGCUUGGCUGUGUUUUCUAA